CAGUUCUCUAAAGGUGUCUAUGCUAUCAUUGGCCUCUACGACAGGAAGACGGUCAACAUGCUGAUGUCGUUCUGCGGGGCGCUGCACGUGUGUUUCGUCACGCCUUCCUUCCCCAUCGAGACGGCCAACCAGUUUGUGAUCCAGCUGAGACCCGAGCUACAGGACACUCUGGUGGGGGUCAUAGACCACUACGGAUGGACCAAGUUCGUCUACAUGUACAGCUCAGAUUCUGGCCUGUCUGUGCUGCAGAAGGUCCUGGACACGGCUGCUGAGAGGAGCUGGCUGGUGACGUCUGUCAACGUGGAGACCAUGACGGAGACCUCGUUCCUCAAGGUGUUCCAAGACCUGGACAAGAGGAAGGAGGGACAGAUCAUCAUCGACUGUGAGACCGAAAGACUCACCUCCAUCCUCAAAAAGAUCGUUGAACACGGGAAGAAUGCUAAGAGUUACCACUACAUCCUGGCCAACCUGGGUUUUCUGGACAUUGAUCUAACGGACCUGAGGAAAGGAGGGGCCAACAUCACAGGCUUCCAGCUGGUCAACUACACAGAGCAGAACGUCAGUCGUACCAUUCAGCAGUGGAUGGAGUUUGAAAACAAAGACGCCAAAUUCCCCAAGAGACGCCUGAAGUACACCGGAGCGUUGACAUAUGAUGGGGUGAAGGUGAUGUCUACAGCAUUCCAGAACCUUCGGAAACAAAGGAUAGACAUCUCUCGCCGUGGCAACGCAGGCGAAUGCCUCGCCAACCCGCCGGCUCCAUGGGGCCAAGGCAUAGAUAUACAGAGAGCCCUGCAACAGGUGCGUAUCCAUGGCCUGACAGGUCAUAUCCAGUUCAAUGAGAAAGGACGCAGGACCAACUUCACCGUCAGUGUCAUGGAGCUAGCCCCCUCUGGACCUAAGAAGGUGGGCUACUGGAACGAGGACGAAAAGUAUGUGAGCACAGCCACCUUCAUGAGAGGAAGCAACGACAGCAGCUACGGCCUACAGAACAGGACCUACAUAGUUACCACCAUCCUGGAAUCCCCAUACGUGAUGCUGAAGAAGAACCAUGAUCAGCUGUCAGGGAACGAUAAGUACGAGGGUUACAUCGUGGAGCUAGCGGCUGAGAUUGCCAAGCACGUUGGAUACCACUACAAACUGAAGGUGGUCUCAGAUGGGAAAUAUGGAGCCAGAGACUCCGAGACCAAGAUGUGGAACGGCAUGGUUGGAGAGCUGGUGUACGGGAAAGCAGACGUGGCGGUGGCCCCGCUGACCAUCACCCUGGUCCGAGAGGAGGUGAUCGACUUCUCCAAGCCCUUCAUGUCUCUGGGUAUCUCCAUCAUGAUCAAGAAGCCCACCAAGUCUAAACCAGGUGUCUUCUCCUUCUUGGACCCGCUGGCCUAUGAGAUCUGGAUGUGUAUCGUGUUCGCCUACAUCGGUGUGAGUGUGGUCCUGUUCCUGGUGAGCCGCUUCAGCCCCUACGAGUGGCACGCAGAGGACUAUGAGGAGGGGGCCGACCCCCAGACCCCUACCCAGCCGACAGGGCCCGGUGCUGGGCUACAGUCAGGGCAGAGCCCUGGUCAGCCAGGCCAGAACCAGCAGAAUCAGGAACAGACCAAUGAGUUUGGCAUCUUCAACUCUCUCUGGUUCUCCCUGGGAGCCUUCAUGCAGCAGGGAUGUGACAUCUCACCCAGGUCUCUGUCAGGGCGGAUAGUGGGUGGCGUGUGGUGGUUCUUCACUCUCAUCAUCAUCUCGUCCUACACGGCCAACCUAGCUGCUUUCCUCACAGUGGAGAGGAUGGUGUCCCCCAUAGAGAGUGCUGAGGACCUGGCUAAACAGACUGAGAUCGCCUACGGAACUCUGGAUGCUGGCUCCACCAAAGAGUUCUUCAGGCGGUCUAAGAUCGCGGUGUUUGAGAAGAUGUGGUCGUACAUGAAGUCGGCCGACCCCUCAGUGUUUGUGAAGACCACAGACGAGGGAGUGAUGAGGGUCAGGAAGUCCAAAGGGAAGUAUGCCUACCUGUUAGAGUCCACCAUGAACGAGUACAUCGAGCAGAGGAAACCCUGUGACACCAUGAAGGUGGGGGGGAACCUGGACUCUAAAGGAUACGGUAUCGCCACGCCCAAGGGCUCACCCCUCAGGAUCCCGGUAAACCUAGCCGUGUUGAAGCUCAAUGAGCAGGCCGUCUUAGACAAACUAAAGAACAAAUGGUGGUACGAUAAAGGAGAGUGUGGCAGCAACGACUCCGGACGCAAGGAUAAGACGAGUGCGUUGAGCCUGAGCAACGUGGCCGGAGUGUUCUACAUUCUGAUUGGAGGGCUGGGCCUGGCCAUGCUGGUGGCGUUGGUGGAGUUCUGCUACAAGUCGCGAACCGAGUCUCAGAGAAUGAAGCAGAACAUCAACGACGCCAUGCACUGCUCCUCCAUGACCAGAAUGAGUGGGAACGGGAACGGGAAUGGGGGAGGAGGAGGAAUAGGUGGAGCAGGUGGAGGAGAGAACGGACGCAUCCUAACUCACGACUUCCCCAAAACAGUCCAGACUCUCCCCUGCAUGAGCCACAACGCCAGCAUGGGGCUCAGCGCCUCUGGCAUGUAAUCACAUGACCUGGCACAAGGGGCUGAGCAGGAGACUGACUCAUAGACCUUACAAAGAUGACCACAUUAAUGGUGACAUUGACCUUAUGAACAUGGCCGUCUUUCUGACACUUUGUUUAUGUGGUGGCUGCGUGAUGUGUGUCCGAGACAGACUUCAAUACUUCUGCCAGAAACCCCAUUCUGAAAUCACUCAUUACAAACAAACAGGGGAAACAUGUAGAUGGAGAAUAAAAAUGAAAAUAAAAGAAGAUGAGGAACAUGUUGCUACAAAAAGGAGCCAUUGUUGGGCCGAGAUGUUUUUUUUUCUUUUAUUCAGAUUUUUUGAAACAAGGUGUUAAUUUCUGUGUAAAAAAAGAGAGAACUAUCCAGUAAAUGCCUCCUGACCUGCACUGAGAUGACCUUCUCUGCCCUGCCUUGGGCUGACUUUCUCUGCCCUGCCCUGACUUUCUCUGCCCUGCCCUGAGAUGACCUUCUCUGCCCUGUCUUGAGAUAACCUUCUAUGCCCUGCCCUGGGCUGACUCUCUCUGCCCUGCCCCGAGCUAACCUACUCUGCCCUGACCUGCCUUUCUCUGCCCUACCCUGCCCUGAGCUGACCGGCCCUGAGAUGACUUUAUCUGCCUUGCCCUGAGCUAACCGUCUCUGCCCUUCUCUGCCCUACCCUGACCUUCUCUGCCCUACCCUGAUCUUCUAUUCCCUACCCUGACCUUCUCUGCCCUACCCUGACCUUCUCUCCCCUACCCUGACCUUCGUUGCCCUACCCUGACCUUCUCUGCCCUACCCGACCUUCUCUUCCCUACCCUGACCUUCUCUUCCCUACCCUGACCUUCUCUGCCCUGGACCGACAUUCUCUGCCCUACCCUGACUUUCUCUGCCAUACCCUAACCUUCUCUGCCAUGCCCUGACCUUCUCUCCCCCACCCUGACCUUCUCUGCCCUGGACCGACCUUCUCUGCCCUACCCUGACUUUCUCUGCCAUACCCUAACCUUCUCUGCCAUGCCCUGAUCUUUUCUCCCCCACCCUGACCUUCUCUGCCCUGGGACGACUUUCGGUGCCCCACCCUGACCUUCUCUGCCCUACCCUGACCUUCUCUGCCCUACCCUGUCCUUCUCUGCCCUGGGACGACCUUCUCUGCCCUACCCUGACCUUCUCUGCCCUACCCUGACCUUCUCUGCCCUGGGGUGACCUUCGGUGCCCUACCCCGACCUUCUCUGCCCUACCCUGACCUUCUCUGCCCUACCUUGACCUUCUCUGCCCUACCCUGACCUUCUCUGCCCUACACUGAGCUGUGGCCGUUCUAUUGACUACUGUUAGUCUGUCUGUUUGUCUGUAAUAUCUCAGUUCGCUACCUACUCUCUCUGACCAUUUACUUAGUGCAGACGGAUCACAAAAUAGGAUUUGUUUUUGUCUUUGCACAGUUAAAACACAAUAAUGAUAAUAAUGCUGAUUGACUAUUAAGAUGAUUUGAUAUUUGUGUGUCUUUGGUUUCUCUCGUGUGUGUUUUUGGACACAGUUACACACGCUAUGUUGGAAAGGCAUCAUGAACUGGAACACAAGCAAUUCAAGCACCAAUGCAGUAUUAUAAUACAGACGUAAAUAAUCAUGCACAGAGCUCAGUCAUUCCUUGCCUCCCUGAACCAUCUGCUGACAGUCAUUCCUACAGAGAUACUACCAUACCACUGAACCCACAAUACCACUGAACCCACCAUACGGCUGAACCCACCAUACCACUGAACCCACCAUACGGCUGAACCCACCAUACCACUGAACCCACAAUACCACUGAACCAACAAUACCACUGAACCCACAAUACCACUGAACCCACCAGACGGCUGAACCCACCAUACCACUGAACCCACCAUACGGCUGAACCCACCAUACCACUGAACCCACAAUACCACUGAACCCACAAUACCACUGAACCCACAAUACCACUGAACCCACCAUACGGCUGAACCCACCAUACCACUGAACCCACCAUACGGCUGAACCCACCAUACCACUGAACCCACCAUACCACUGAACCCACAAUACCACUGAACCCACCAUACCACUGAACCCACAAUACCACUGAACCCACCAUACGGCUGAACCCACCAUACCACUGAACCCACCAUACGGCUGAACCCACCAUACCACUGAACCCACCAUACGGCUGAACCCACCAUACCACUGAACCCACCAUACAACUGAACCCACAAUACCACUGAACCCACCAUACCACUGAACCCACAAUACCACUGAACCCACCAUACGGCUGAACCCACCAUACCACUGAACCCACCAUACGGCUGAACCCACCAUACCACUGAACCCACAAUACCACUGAACCCACCAUACCACUGAACCCACAAUACCACUGAACCCACCAUACCACUGAACCCACCAUACGGCUGAACCCACCAUACCACUGAACCCACAAUACCACUGAACCCACCAUACCACUGAACCCACCAUACCACUGAACCCACCAUACCACUAAACACACCAUGCCACAGAACACACCAUGCCACUGAACCCACCAUGCCACUGAACCCACCAUACCACUGAACAUACCAUCCCACUGAACACACCAUAGUACUGAACCCACCAUACCACUGAACCCACCAUACCACUGAACAUACCAUCCCACUGAACACACCAUAGUACUGAACCCACCAUACCACUGAACCCACCAUACCACUGAACUCACCAUACCACUGAAUCCACCAUACCACUGAACAUACCAUACCACUGAACACACCAUACCACUGAACCCACCAUACCACUGAACUCACCAUACCACUGAACCCACCAUACCACUGAACAUACCAUACCACUGAACACACCAUAGUACUGAACUCACCAUACCACUGAACCCACCAUACCACUGAACAUACCAUACCACUGAACUCACCAUACCACUGAACCCACCAUACCACUGAACAUACCAUACCACUGAACACACCAUAGUACUGAACCCACCAUACCACUGAACCCACCAUACCACUGAACACACCAUGCCACUAAACACACACACACAUACACUGUUACUUUAUCAAACUCCCCAGAAUGAUUGCUGUGGCUGGAAGAGAGGAAGUAUUGACAGACAUGGUCAGAACUUGACGAAGUACCACAGAUUAACACCAUUGAUUUCUUCAGUGGCUCUGCUACAUUAUUUUAUAGAGAGAGAGUAGCCAUUUUGGAACACGGCCUAGCUGACAGAGGAAGGGGGCGUGACUUACACACAAACCCCUGUUGAUUUACACGUUCACAGUCAAUCAGCUGUUGGCAAUCGUUAAUGGAAACCAUGGAAACGGUGGCUACCACCACAGCAACCCAUCUUGUCUCUCUCUCUCUCUCUCUCAGUAGUUUGAUAUUUUAUGACGGAGGUUGUUCAGUAUGGUUUGAUGUGUAGGUCAUUGUACGUGUUGCUGUAGCCUAUAGGGCUGUCAGCAGAGAGAAGCCUCGUUAGGAUACUGGAAUCAGAGUCAGAGACAGCCUGCCUACAGCUACAAAGGGAACAUUUACUAGCUAAAGUCUCCAGCUCUGCUCUGUUUGUGUGGGUCUCUGCCAUAAAGAGAGCGUUCAACACUGACUAACUGUGUCAGACUGUUUUUCUGCCACAACCAGGGUGUUGGAUCCAGUGCUAAACGUGGAACAAUCUUAAACUCUUGAACAUGUUUGACAGUGAAGACAGAUACUGGGCAGAGAUAGACUCCUUACAUCAAAUAUACUGUAUCUCAUCUCUCCAUCCACUAUGUAUAUAAAAGGGUUGAUUCUCCUGCAGUGAAACUUGUUCUUUCCUUCUCUGACCCAAUCAGCCUCUCCGUACCUGACUGAUGCUUCUGUUCUUCUUCUCCUCUAUUUCUUUGGUGUUGUAUUGACGAAGGCGCAGCACAACGCGAGUCCUUGGCGGAUGGUUUGUCUCAUAGAAGGAGAGGUUUUAUAAGCCCUAACAGAUUUUUAAAAAGACAUUCAAUGUUUGUAUCGUAUGGAGAGUUUGAGAGCUGCAAAAAACAUUGAAAAGGUGUAGGAAAAACAGAUGUUGAAUAGUGGGUAGACAAUAAUGUUUUAAGUUUGACUUUUAAUUGGUUGUCAAUAUUAUUUGGAUUUAACAUUUGAAUAAAAGGGAUGUUCAUUUGGUGUUUUCAAGACCGAACAUCAUUUGACUUUUCUUCUUAAUUUGUUCUUUUUUUCAAAGUAUUUUAAUACCAGGAUAUAAAGUGAUUAUUUAGUUUGUUCACCUGAAAACCUCACAGUACAGUUGUUUUUCUAUACAUCACUAGUGAAAGAUGUUGCUGAAUAAAACAUUUAUAAAAUACAUGGAGAUCAUUCAUGAAUCUAAAAAAAGAUGGAAAUAAACUUUUGAGAAAUAAACGUUUUCUAACCAAAGUGUCUCUGAAGAAAGUCAUCAUGCUUUUUGUAACAGAAUAAAGGA